AUGCCUGAUGGGAAAAAUUAUUUUAGUAAGUUUUAUGUAUGUUUUGAGGGACUAAAGCAAGGGUGGAGGGGCAAUUGUAGAAGAGUAAUUAACCUGGAUGGUUGUUUCCUUAAGGGGCUAUGUACUGGAGAGUUAAUAACUGUUGUUGGAAGGGAUGCUAAUAAUCAUAUAUUUCCAAUUGCAUGGGCAGUUGUGUGUGUUGAAAUCAAAGAGAAUUGGAAAUGGUUUUUGGAAAAUUUAAAAGAUGACUUAGGAAUGUACAAUGGUUUUGGAAUUGUAUUGAUGUCAGAUCAACAUAAGGGACUAUUGGAAGCUGUGAAGGAGAUUUUGCCUACUGUUGAACACAGACAGUGUGCAAGGCAUGUUGUUGCCAACUUUAGGAAAAGAUUCCCCGGAGUAAUGUAUGAGAAAAUGUUUUGGAAGGCAUGCAAGGCAUCUACUGAGCCUUUACGCAAUGCAACAAUGAAGGAAAUACAACUUCUCAAUCCUUCAGCCUUUGAGUAUCUAACAGAAAAGAACCCACGAUCAUGGUGUAGAGCUUUUUUUGAGGAGGGCAAGAUGUGUGAUGCUGUAGAGAAUGGGUUGUCGGAGAGCUUUAACAAUGUUAUAAGAGAUGCAAGGAAGAAACCAAUCAUCACAAUGCUUGAAGAGAUUAGAUUGUAUGUUAUGGAAAUGCAGUUUCAUUUGAGCAUGAAAGGCAGUUCAUGGCCAGAUUUGGAACCAUGUCCAUCAAUUAGAUCCUUGUUGAAUCAAUUGAAAAAAGCUCAAAGAUAUUGGCAGGUUUUACCAACUGGGUUGAACCAAUUUGAGACAAGAAACUUAGCAGAGUCUUAUGUCGUUGACUUAGACAAGAAGACAUGUUCUUGUAGAGUUUGGCAACUAAAUGGAAAUGCUUACAAGUAUCCACUGAGAGGGAUGAAUGGCAGCAAUAUGUGGCCAAGUACCAAUUUCAUACCACCAUUGCCACCUUUGAAAAGGAAAAUGCUAGGCAGACCUAAAGUUAAUAGAAGGAAGGACCCAGGAGAAAAGAGUACUAGACACACCGUGUCAAAGGUUGGGAAGAAAAUUCUAUGUAGUGUGUGUAAACAAGUUGGUCACAACAAGGCUACAUGUCCGAAAGUUGAGAAGCCCAAAAAACUCAAGGUGAAGAGAAAGAGAUCAACUACUAAAGGUGGUAAUGAAGAGGAAGGAAGUGGUUCAAAAACAACUGUUGGACGUAAACAGAAGCAAUCUCAAGGUGGUAAUGAAGAGGAAGGAAGUGGUUCAAAAACAACAGUUGCACGUAAACGGAAGCAAUCAGAAAGGAUUAUAAAGAAAAAAUUGGCAAAAAGGGUUGAAGGGAAAAAUGGAGAAGUAAAUUCUGGUGAUAAUCCAAUGAAUAUUGAAUAG